AUGUCAUCGACACCAAAUGCAAAUCAAUUUAACUUUAGCACUUCUGCUUCAUACAUUAGUUUUAAUACUUUUGGUCUAUUCCAUUGCUACUUUUAUCAAACUACUUGUACUACCGAUCACAAUCGAUUCAAUCAUUCUUUAGUAGUAGACAGUGGUAGUCAUGAUCAUCAUAAUAAUGGCAUAGACAACAACAAUCAACUUGAUUCAGGUUUAAUCGAUGGACGUGAAAUGAGUCAAAUACAUUUGAAUCAACUUCAAGAACAUAUUUACUUGAAUUCAGAGAUUCAUGUUGCCAAUACAUUUAAUUGUGAAAGGGUUACAAACUCUAGGCAAUGUGAUUUGGUUUAUCCUCGUUGCAGAUGGUUGACAUUUCGUGGAUGUUGUGGUACUCUAAAGAGUGUCUGUAUCGAUAAUCCACAUCGUUUGGAUUGUUUCCAAAUAACUCCAAUGCAAUGUGCCAUUCAUCUGGCUACCAAUCAGAUCUAUGAAAUAUGGUCUUCUUGUGGACCUUCUUUGGCAAUACCAUGUGAACAAUUAAAUUGUCAAUCAAGGGGAAUGGCGUGCAGGCUGAAAAAUGUUACAGCCUGUACUUUAUCGUCGUGUUGUCAACCCAUUCCUCAAUGUGUUUCCUUAACAUCAACCACCACUACAACGACAACUACAACCUCCUCCUCCUCCUCAACUAUAGGUGGCUCAACGCCAACAACGAGCCGACCAACCACUGGUAGCACGACCACUCUUGGUACGAGCACUACUAGAGCUCCGAUAUCAACAUCCACAACUGGUACGACAUCUGUACUAUCGACAACAACAGGUGAAGAUCAAACCACUUCAACUACGACAACGGACUCAAGCACUACUACAGGUGCCAGUGCAUCAACGACAACUGGAGAUGUAGCGUCAACCACCACAUCAACAGGAGAAAUCAGCAACACUACAUCGACCUCAACCACAAUAGCUUCAUCCACUACAACAACCGGAGAAUUAACCACCACCAAUCAAGUAACAUCGACCGUUGGGGAUGUAACGACAUCUACCAUUACUACAAGUUCAAUACCUACAUCUUCAACGACAACAGAUUUGAUAACAGGUACAACAUCAACAACUGGCCAAGAUCCUACUACUAGCGGUUCAACACCCACAACUACUGACAUGAUAUCAACUGGUGCGGCAUCUGUAACAUCGACAACAACAACAACAACAACGACGACAAGUGAAGACCAAACUACUUCAACUACAACUGAGGAAAUCAGUAGUACUACUGGAGCCAGUAUGACAACUGGAGAAAUCAGUGACACUACAUCUACCUCUACUUCAACUACGACUGACAACAUAUCAACCACAACUGGUCCAGAUACAGCGAUUACUAGUACAACUACUUCUUCAAGUAUCACAGACAUAUCAACUUCAACAACUGGUACGACAUCUGUACCAUCUACAACAACAACAAUAACGACAAGUGAAGAUCAAAAUAAUUUAACGACAACAACAGACACAAGCACUACUACAGGUACUACCUCGACAAGUUCAAGCACAAUAGCCUCAUCCUCUACUUCAACUGUAUCAGAGUCAUCAGCUACUACGGAUUUGACAGCAACUACCAGUCAAGAUCCUACUACUGGCGGUACUACAAGUACUACUACUGACAUAAUACCAACAACUGUACCAUCGACAACAGCGACAACAGGUGAAGAUCGAAUUACUUCCGGAGAAUUAAGCAGUACCACAUCCACUCCAACCAUUGGAGCUGUAACUUCAACCACUUCAACCUCAACCUCCACUACCACUGGAAUAAAUAAUACAACGACAACAACUACAUCCUCAACAAGUCAAGGUCAAAAUACUUUAACAACAACAACAGAUACUGGUGCAACUUCAACUACCACAUCAUCCUCUACAACAACAGGAGAAAUCAGCAGUACUACUUCUAGCGGUUCAACAUCCACAAGUACUACUACUACCGACGCAAUAUUAUCUUCUACAACUGGUACGACAUCUGUACCACCUGCAACAACAACAACAGACACAGGCACUACGACUGAAGAAAUCAGCAGUACUUCAUCCACCUCUACCACAUCCACUGGCGAUGCAAUGUCAACCUCAUCGACCACAGGAGCUUCGACAACCACUGAUACCACAACAACUGUAUCAGAGUCAUCAGCUUCAACGGAUUUGACAGCAACUACCAGUCAAGAUCCUACUACUACUAGCGGUACUACAAGUACUUCAACAACUGGUACGACAACAAGUGAGGAUCAAACAACUUCAACGAGCACAACAGAUAUCAGUACCUCGUCCACUACAACUGCAUCAACCUCUCCUUCGGGAACUAGUACAACAACAGGAGAAAUCGGCAGUACAACAUCCACCCCGACCACUUCAACAACUCAAUCAGAUGCAACUACCACAACGGGUACGACAUCUAUCCCACCUGCAACAACGACAACAACAACGGACACAGGCACCACUACUGGAGAAAUCAGCAGUACUUCAUCCACCUCUACUACAUCCACACCGAACACUGGCGAUGUAACAUCAACCUCAUCGACUACAGGAACCUCUACAACCACUGAUCCAACAUAUUCCACAACAACUGGAUCAGAGACAUCAACUACAAACGAUAUUUUGACAACGACAACAACCGGAGAGGCCACUACUUCUACCUCAACCAUUGGGGAUGCAACGACAACUACAAUAGCAUCAUCCACUACAAACGGAUCAUCAUCCACAAGUAGUACAACUACCGACACGAUAUCAACAUCCACAACUGGUACGACAUCUGUACCAUCAACAACAACAACAACAACAGGAGAAUUAAUCACCACCAAUGAAGUAAUCACUACUUCGACAUCGACCAUUGGAGAUGUAACGACAUCUACCAUAACUACAAGUUCAAUACCUAUAUCUUUAACAACAACAGAUUUGACAUCAGGUACAACAUCAACAACUGGCCAAGAUCCGACUACUAGCGGUUCAACAUCCACAACAACCUCUACAACUGGGGCGGCAUCUGUACCAUCGACAACAACAUCAACGACAACCAGUGAAAUAAGCAGUACUACAUCGACUUCAACCAUUGGAGAUGUAACGUCAACCACAUCAACCUCCACUACAACUGGACCAAAUGAUAUCACGACAACAUCCUCAACAAGUGAAGAUCAAAAUAAUUUAGCUACAACAACAACAGACACAAGCACUACUACAGGUACCACCUCGAGCAGUUCAAGCACAAUAACCUCAUCCACUACUUCAACUGUAUCAGAGUCAUCAACAACAGACGAUAUGUUGACAACUACAACAACAGGAGAAUUAAUCACCACCUCGACAUCAACCACAGCAGAUUUGAUACCAACUACCAGUCAAGAUCCUACUACUACUAGCGGUACUACAUCUACAAGUACUACAAGUGAAGAUCAAACAACUUCAACGAGCACAACAGAUAUCAGUACAUCCACUCCGACCAUUGGGGAUGUAACGUCAACCACUUCAACCGCCACAUCAUCAUCCACUACAACUGGACCAAAUGAUAUCACGACAACAACAACAUCCUCGUCAAGCGAAGAUCAAAAUAAUUUAGCCACGACAACAACAGACACAAGUACCACUUCAACUACAACAGGAGAAAUCGGCAGUACAACAUCCACUCCAACAACUGGGGAUGGAACGUCAACCUCAUCGACUACAACCACUAGAGAUGAGACGUCAUCAACCACUUCAACUGGACCAUCUUCAUCAACCACAGGUGACCCGUUGACAACUACCACAACAGGAGAAUUAAUCACCACUAACUCGGGAACCACUACUUCCACAUCGACCAUUGGAGAUGUAACGACAUCUGCAAUACCUACAACUUCGACGACAACAGAUUUGACAACAGGUACUAGUACAACUACCGACACGGCAUUAUCUUCUACAACUGGUACUACAUCUGUAUCCUCGACAACGACAAGUGAAGAUCAAGCUACUUCGACAACAGCAUCAGAUACUGCCAGUACGACAACUACUUCUUCAAGUACCACAGACAUAUCAACCCCAACAACUGAAUCAGAUACAACUACAACGUGUACUACAUCUGUACUAUUUACAACAACGACAACGGGCUCAAGCACUACGACCAUUGGAGAUGUAACGCCAACCUCCACUACAACUGGACCAAAUGAUAUCAUGACAACAACAACAACAUCCUCGUCAAGCGAGGAUCAAAAUAGUUUAACGACAACAACAGGCACAAGCACUACUACAGGUACCACCUCGAGCAGUUCAAGCACAAUAGCAUCAUCCACUACUUCAACUGUAUCAGAGUCAUCAACAACAGACGAUAUGUUGACAACUUCAACAACAGGAGAAUUAACCACCACUAAUGCAGGAUCCACUACUUCUUCCUCGACAUCAACCACAACAUCAACUACCAGUCAAGAUACUAGCGCUUCAACAUCGACAAGUUCUACCAACACAAUAUUAUCGACAACAGCAAGUGAAGACCAAAAUACUGCAACUACAACUGGAGAAAUCAGUAGUACCACUGGGGAUGUAGCGUCAACCACUUCAACUGGGCCAUCUUCAUCAACCACAGGUGACUCGUUGAAAACUACGACAACUGGAGAAUUAACCACCACCAAUCAAGUAAUCACUACUUCUACAUCGACCAUUGGAGAUGUAACGACAUCUACCAUUACUACAAAUUCAAUACCUACAACUUCAACUACAACAGAUUUGAUAACAGGUACAACAUCAACAACCGGUCAAGAUACUACUACUAGCGGUUCGACAUCCGCAACUACUGACAUGAUAUCAACCUCUACAACUGGUGCGACACCUGUACCAUCGAAAACAACAUCAACGACAAGUGAGGACCAAACUACUUCGACUACAACGGGCUCAAGCACAACUACAGGUGAGGGAGCGACCAUCACCGAUGAAACAAGUACUACAACGACUUCAACAAGCACAAUUAUCACAGGCACCAGUACCUCAUCCACAACCGGAGAAUUAAGCAGUACUACAUCGGCUACUAGUUCAAUACCUACUACAGUAGAUUUGACAACAACAACUUCAAAUGCAGAUUUGACAUCAACAACUUCUACAACUAGCGGUUCACCACCUACAAGCACGACCGGCACGAUAACAACAACAAGUACGACUGGAGAAGCCAGCAGUAUAACAUCAACCAUUGGAGAUGUAACGUCAACCACAUCCACUACAACUGGACCAAAUGAUACCACAACAUCUACAAGUGGCGCUACCGACACAAAACCAAUAUCUACAACUGGUACGACAUCUGUACUAUCGACAACCACUUCAACGACAAGUGAAGACCAGGCUACUUCAACAACAACAACGGAUACGAGCACUACUACUGGAGCCAGUACGACAACCGGAGAAAUUAGCUCUACAUUGUCUAGUACAUCUACUUCAACCACAACUACUUCUACUACUGAAACCAGUACUGGAGAUGUAACGCCAACCACCACAUCACCAACCUCCACUACAACUGGAGUAAAUGAUAUCACGACAACAACUACAACAUCCUCCUCAAGUGAAAAUCAAAAUACCUUAACUACAACAACAGAUACAACUACUGGAGAAAUCAGCGGUACUACUUCUACCAUUGGAGAUAUAACAACAUCUACCAUAACCCCAUCCACUACAACAGAUUUGGCAUCAACUACCAGUCAAGAUACAACAAGCGGAUCAACCUCUACUAGUACAACCACCGACACGAUAUUAUCUUCUACAACGGGUGAAGAUCAAACUACAUCAACGACAACCACUGGAGAUUUAACGUCAACCACUUCGACCUCAACUACAACUGGACCAAAUGAUACAACAGGAACCACUACUUCUACAUCGACGAUUGGAGAUGCAACGACAUCUACCAUAACCCCAUCCACUACAAGUUCAAUACCUACAACUUCAACUACCGGUCAAGAUCCUACUACUACUACUAGCGGCUCAACAUCCACAAGUAGUACCGACACAAUAUCAACCUCUGUACUAUCGGCAACAACAAGUGAAGCCCAAACUACUUCAACGAGCACAACAGAUAUAGGUACAUCCACCGCAACUGGAGAUGGGUCUACAUCGACUACUGGAACAAGAGGAGAUUCGCCAACCGCCAUAUCCUCAUCUACUACUUCCACCUCUACUUCAACUACAACAGAUUUGACAUCAGGUACAACAUCAACAAGUACUACUACUACCGACACGGUAUUAUCUACUGGUACGACAUCUGUAUCCUCGACAACAACAAGUGAAGAUCAAACGACAACUACUUCAACGACAAGUGAAGACCAGGCUACUUCAACAACAACAACGGAUACUAGCACUACUACUGGAGCCAGUACGACAACCGGAGAAAUUAGCUCUACAUCGUCAACUGGAGAUAUAGGUAGUACAUCUACUUCAACCACAACUACUUCUACUACUGAAACCAGUACUGGAGAUGUAACGCCAACCACUUCAACCUCAACCUCCACUACGACUGGAGUAAAUGAUAUCAUGACAACAACAACAGAUUUGACAACAGAUACAACAUCUACAAGUACUACUACCGACACGGUAUUAUCUUCUACAACUGAUAAUACUGGAGCCAGUACGACAACCGGAGAAAUUAACAAUACUACGUCCACCUCAGCUACGACUGACAACAUAUCAACAUCAACUGAAUUGGAUACAACGACCACAACUGAUACGACAUCUUCAUCAACGACAACGGGCUCAAGCACUACUACAGGUGAAGGGGCUACCAUCACCGAUGAAACUACAACGACGAGCACAAUUACCACAGGCACCAGUACCUCAUCCACAACCGGAGAAUUAAGCAGUACUACAUCGACUUCAACAACCACUGGAGCUGAAACGUCAACCACCAUAUCCUCGUCUACAACCACAACAACAAGUGAAGACCAAACCACUUCAACGACAACCGGAAAAAUUAAUAGUACUACGUCCAUAUCUACCUCAACUACAACCGUAGAAAUUAAUAGUACUACAUCCACUUCAACCUCAUCGACAACUGGAGAAAGCUCUACUGUAUUAACUACUGGUGAAGGAACGAAAACAACAACAGGUGAAGAUCAAACUACUUCAACGAGUACAACAGAAACAAGCACUACUGGUACUACUUCAAUCAAUACUGGAGAUGUAACUUCAACCACAAUAGAAUCAUCCACUCCUACAUUAACCACAACUGGAGAAAUUAGCUCUACAUCUACUUCAACAACAACAGAUGCAAGCACUGGUGAAGGAACCAGUUCUUCAACUACAAACGGAGAAAUAGGCAGUACUACAUCCACUUCAACAACCACUGGAGCUGAAACGCCACCCACCAUAUCCUCGUCUACAACUACGACAACUGGAGAUGUAACGCCAACCACCACAGCACCAACCUCCACUACAACCGGACUAAAUGAUAUCACGACAACGACAACAACAUCCUCGUCAAGUGAUAAUCAAAAUACAACAACAGACACAAACCCUACUGGUACCACCUCGACGACUUCAACUGGACCAUCUUCAUCAACCACAGGUGACUUGUUAACAGCAACAACAGGAGAAUUAAUCACCACUAACUCGGGAACCACUACUUCUACAUCGACGAUUGGAGAUGCAACGACAUCUACCAUAACCCCAUCCACUAGUUCAAUACCUACAACUUCAACUACUAGUACUUCUACAUCCACCUCAACAUCAACAUCAACUGCAACAGAUUUGACAUCAACUACUAGCGGUUCAACAUCUACAAUAUCUUCCACGACAACGAGUGAAGAUCAAACCACUACAACAAGCACAACAGAUCCAAGUACCUCAUCCACCACAACUGGAGAAAUUAGCUCUACAUCCACUUCAACAUCGACAAACGACAUAUCAACCACAACCGAAUUGGCAACAGGUCCAACGACAACAGGACCAAUAAUUGAUAGCACUACAACAACAAGUGAAGAUCAAACCACAUCAACUACAACCGUAGAAAUUAAUAGUACUGCAUCGACUUCAACCUCAUCGACAACUGGAGAAACUCUACAUCUACUUCAACAACAACAACAACAGAUGCAAGCAUUACUACUGGGGAUGCAAACUCAUCGACUACAGGAACAAGCACAACAACAAGAGGGUUCGCCAACUAUCAUAGUCUCAUCUACUACUUCCACCUCAACAUCAACCACAACUGAACCAGAUACAACGAUUACCAGUACAACAACUGGCUCUUCAAGUACCACGGGCACAUCGAUCUCAACAACUGGUACGACAUCGGUCACAACUACAUCAACUACAACUGGACCAUCUUCAUCACCCACAGGUGACCCGUUGACAACAACAACAACUGGAGAAUUAACCACCACUAAUGCAGGAAUCACUACUUCUACAUCGACAUCAACCAUCACGACAACAUCCUCGUCAAGUGAUAAUCAAAAUACUGGUACCACGUCAACCACGCUAGCAUCAUCCACGACUUCAACUGUAUCAUCUUCAUCAACCACAGGUGAAGAUCAAACGACAACUACGACAACAAGUGAAGAUCAGGCUACUUCAACAACAACCGGAGAAAUUAGCAACACUACAUCCACCCUUACUUCAACUACGACUGACAACAUAUCAACCACAAUUGGUCCAGCGAUUACGACUACUUCUUCAACAUCAACAACUUCUAACACAGAUUUGACAUCUGCUAGUACGACUGACACGAUAUCAACUACAGAUCAAACCACUUCAACGACAACCGGAAAAAUUAAUAGUACUACAUCGACUUCAACCACUAGAGAUGUAACGUCAACCACCAUAUCCUCGUCUACAACCACAACAACAAGUGAAGACCAAACCACUUCAACGACAACCGGAAAAAUUAAUAGUACUACGUCCACAUCUACCUCAACUACUGGAGAAAUUAAUAGUACUACAUCCACUUCAACCUCAUCGACAACUGGAGAAAGCACUACGUCUACUGUAUUAACUACUGGUGAAGGAACGAAAACAACAACAGGUGAAGAUCAAACCACUGGGGAUUUAACUUCAACCUCAUCAACUACCACAACAGGAGAAUUAUUCACCACCGGUGGAAUAACCACUACUUCCAGCUCAACAUCAACUACAACAGAUUUGACAUCAACUAGUGGUUCAACAGCAACAGGCGAAGAUACAACGACAACAACGGGAGAAAUCAGCAGUACAACAUCGACUUCAACCACUGGAGAUGUAACGCCAAUCACGAUAGCCUCAUCCACCACUUCAACUGGAUCAGAGUCAUCAACUACAACUGGAGAAUUAAUCGCCACUACAACUUCAACUACAACAGAUUUGACAUCUACCUCAACAACAAGUGAAGAUCAAACUACAACUACUUCUUCAACAGACUCGAUCACUACCAGUACAUCAACCACAAAAGGAGAAGCCAGCUCUACAUCUACUUCAACAACAACUAGAGAUGAGACUACUUCUACGACUGGAACCAGCUCUUCAACAACUGGAGUGACAAUCGAAGAUCAAACUACUUCAACUACAACAAGUGAAGAUCAAAAUACUUUAACGACAACAGAUACAAGCACGACUACAGGUACCAGUACUUCAUCCUCAAUAGGAGAAACCAGCUCUACUAGUACCUCGACCACUACUGGAGAGGGAACGACCAAUGGAACAAGAACUACAACUGACAUAUCAACCUCAACAACUGGUACACGGGCCAAUAUUCACAAUGAUCCAUGA